UCCAUACAAAAGUCAAUUACUUAAUCCUUAAUCCAUGCUAACAAAUAUCUCCUCUUCUCCACCCUCUCCAUCUCUUACAAGCCUUUGCCUACAAAACUACAUACAUAAACCAAACUAAACCCAGCACGAACCUAUAAAUAUAAAACAACCCUUUAGUAAACGUACCACAACCCCUCCAAAACAACAUUUAAUGGAUGUGAAGAUCAGAGAGGUCUUCGAGUCCGUCGGUUCCUUCUUCACCGGCGAUGAUCAUAUCCCAUGGUGCGACCGUGACAUCAUUCAUGGCUGUGAGAGGGAGGUUGCAGAAGCUGCUGAAGGUGACUCAGAGGAACUUAAAAGGGAUAGCAUUAUGCGAUUGUCAUGGGCUCUUGUUCACUCUAAACAACAAGAAGACGUGCAGCGUGGGAUAGCUAUGCUUGAAGCAUCAUUGGCAAAUAGUAGCUCGCCUUUGCAACAGAGAGAGAAGAUUUAUCUUCUGGCUGUUGGAUAUUACAGAAGUGGUGAAUAUUCAAGGAGCAGGCAGCUGGUGGACCAAUGUCUGGAGAUUGCACCUGAUUGGAGGCAGGCUUUGGUCCUGAAGAAGACACUUGAAGAUCGAAUUGCCAAAGAUGGUGUUAUUGGAAUAGGCAUCACUGCUACUGCUGUGGGACUGAUAGCUGGUGGAAUUGCUGCAGCAUUCGCUCGCAAGAAAUGACAACUCUCAAUCCCAUCAAUGUGCAUAAAAAAUAUUUUUUAAAAAAAGCAGCUUUUUUUGUUUUCAGCUUUCUAAAUAAUUUUAGAUUAUGAACAGUAGCAUCACUCAGUUAUAUCCAUGUUACAACUGCUAUAUUGUUUGUAGACAAUAGCAUUACCUAAGUAGGAAGCUUGAGCUAUGAGUUGGUUCUGCCAUAUGGUCAUGUUUGAAUCAAUAACUCUCUGUACCUAGAUUCUUGUAUUUUGUAUAGCAGCAGCCUUGGAAAAUUUGAAUUUGCUGAA